CAAAAAUGGGGGACCAACUGCGAAUAAAUCUUGAUGAACCACGAUAUGACCAGUCAAAUUUUUAUGGCCGUCUGCAGCACUUUUUUGGAAUCACAGAUUGGCGUCUGUGUGUGAAAACAGACCAGGAACUUAAUGAAGCCAAAGAUCUUCUUCAGAAAUACAGGCUGGGCCAGGAACCCCCAGGAACCACAGAGGAACAGAUCUGGUAUGCCAAACGCUUGUAUGAGUCCGCUUUUCACCCAGACACUGGCGACAAGCAGAAUGUCAUUGGCCGCAUGAGUUUCCAGGUGCCUGGGGGUAUGAUCCUGACAGGUGCUAUGCUGACAUUUUACAAGUCCACCCCAGCAGUGGUUUUCUGGCAGUGGGCUAACCAGUCGUUCAACGCCCUUGUAAACUACACUAAUCGCAAUGCAAAAUCCCAGCUGACGGAACAGCAGAUGGCUGUUGCAUACGUUUCCGCCACCAGUGCAGCUCUUGUCACUGCCCUUGGCCUGAAGAAGUCCUUGGCCAAGAAAGCAUCAACCUUAAUGCAGAGAUUUGUGCCCUUUGCCGCUGUAGCUGCUGCCAAUUGCAUUAACAUUCCAUUGAUGAGGCAGAAUGAAAUACAAAAUGGAAUCACAGUUUGCGAUGACAAAGGGAAUGAAUUAGGAGAGUCUAAGCUGGCAGCUGCGAAGGGCAUCACGCAGGUAGUGGUAUCCCGUAUCAUCAUGGCAGCCCCUGGAAUGACCAUUCUGCCGGUGGUGAUGGAACGGCUGGAGAAGCAGGCCUGGCUUAGGAGGAACCCCCGCCUCAAUGCCCCCUUCCAGACCCUGGCUUGUGGACUCAUGCUUACCUUCAUGACCCCCACAGCAUGUUCGCUCUUCAAUCAGAAGUGCUCUCUCAGCACUUCAAUGCUGUCCAAAUACGAGCCCCAAGUUUAUGCCGCCAUGCAAAACAAGUGCGGAGGCAAAGUACCCGACACAGUCUACUUCAAUAAGGGCUUGUAAGAUGAACGCCACCGAGCAUUGCCAUCUCCGAGUCAUUAUUUGUUUUGUUUUCUUUUAUCUUGUUUUGUCAUUCCUGGGUUAUUUGAUGAAGACUUUAGGAAGGUGUUUGGGUUGUUAAUAAAGGGUUUGGGACAAUUCCUCUGUCAGAGUAGUU